AUGAAGCUUCUACCAUUGUUAUACGCGCUUCCACUUGUCGCUGCACUGGGCAGCAGGCAACACAAGCGUAAUCUGGAAAGCUCAACCCUCGAGAAGCGUGACAUCAAUCCUGCAAAGCUCUAUCCCGAAUACAACAUCUCUGUACCUGUGGACCACUUCCACAAUUCUUCUCAGUACGAACCACACAGCAAUGCCACCUUUGACUUGAGAUACUGGUUCGAUGCAUCGCACUACCAGCCUGGUGGACCGGUCAUCGUCCUUCAAUCUGGUGAGACCGAUGGCUCAGGACGCUUGACUUAUUUGGCCAAGGGUAUACUUGCAAAGCUCGCUCAAGCCACUCAUGGUGUUGGUGUCGUACUUGAACAUCGCUACUAUGGCACUUCCUUCCCUACUCCUGACCUGUCUACCGAGAACCUUCGAUUCUUAACCACCGAACAAGCGCUGGCCGACGAAGCAUACUUUGCAAGAAAUAUUGUUUUCCCUGGACUCGAACAUCUGGACCUGACCAGUGAAUCGGCUGCAUACAUCGGAUAUGGCGGAUCGUAUGCAGGCGCUUUCAAUGCUUUCUUGAAAGUUGUCUAUCCGGACGUCUUCUGGGGAACAAUCUCUAGCAGCGGUGUUACCAAAGCCAUCUACGAUUACUAUGACUACUUCACCCCAAUCGCCGAAAACGCACCUGCCAAGUGCAUCUCAACACAAAAGACUCUGAUCCACAUUGUGGACACCAUUCUCAAGAAGAACCAGACAGACCUCACUUUGCAACUCAAGACUGCAUUUGGUCUGGAGAACGUUACCUACGACAACGACUUUGCCUCUGCGGUGUCGAAUGGAAUCGAAAGUUGGCAAAGCCGUAACUGGGACCCCAAGGUUGGAAGUCCUGCUUUUGACCGGUACUGCAGCAACAUUUCAUCCGACUUAGCACUCUACCGAAGCACAUCUUCGCUCCGCCCUGUUGUUGAGUCUUUAAUCGAGUCCACCAGUUACAAAGCUGAAGAAACUCUGGUCAACCGCAUGCUCAACUUCAUUGGGUAUGUGAACACCACUUACGUGGCACCAUGUGCCAGAGGGGGUAGCACCCAGGACCAGUGCUUCAGCAACCACAAUGCGACAUACUACCAGCAACACGACCUAUCGUCAUACACCUGGCGCUCAUGGGCAUAUCAAUACUGCUCCGAAUGGGGUUACUUGCAAACCGGAUACGCACCUCCUGGCCAGCUGCCUAUCGUCUCCUCUCUGCUUGACCUCGAGUAUGAGAGCAUUGUUUGUGUUGAAGCCUUCAACAUCACUACCCCUUCCGAUGUUGAUCGCAUCAACAAGUACGGCGGCUAUGACAUUUCCUAUCCUCGUCUUGCCUUUGUCGAUGGAUCGGCUGACCCUUGGCGUCCCGCUACUCCUCACGCAUAUGCUCAAGGUGCGAAGAAGCGCAACUCGACUUCUAGCGAGCCAUUCAUCUUGAUCGAAGGGGCUGUCCACCACUGGGACGAGAAUGGCUUGUUUCCCAACGAGACCACCGCUACCCUUCCACCAUUGACCGUUGUCGAUACUCAGAAUCAGGAACUCCAGUUCGUGCAAGAAUGGAUGCUGGAAUGGGAGCUGGAGCAGCAGGUCAAGGCAGCUUACCAGAAGCCAGUCACUCAGGGACCCAUUUGA